GUGUGGUCUGUGGUCUCCUCUGCCUCACGCGGACCUGUGCUCGUUAUUCUCCCCAAACUCCGCUGAAAUUAGCUCAUUUUUACUCUCUUUGCUCCUGUUUUUGAAGCCACUUUUUUGAGCAUCGACAAAUCCCUGUGGUGUGACCUGGUCAUCGUGUCAUCGACAAAUCACAGAACAUGGAGAGAUCCAAGUCCUCAUCCAGCCUCAUUUCUGGCAACGUGACGAACAAGAACGACCCUCACUCCCUGAACUCGCGCGUCUUCAUCGGAAACCUCAACACGCUCCUCGUCACCAAGGCCGACGUGGAGGCCAUCUUCGCCAAAUACGGGAAGAUCGUGGGCUGCUCCGUGCACAAAGGCUACGCGUUUGUGCAGUACGUGAGCGAACGGAACGCCAGGGCGGCCGUGGCGGGCGAGGACGGCAGGGUCAUCGUCGGACAGGUGCUCGACAUAAACUUGGCCGGAGAGCCCAAGCCGCACAGAUCAAAGACGGCCAAGCGCUCGGCGUCAGACAUGUACAGUUCCUCCUCACUUGAUCUGGACUAUGACUUUCAAAGAGAUUAUUAUGAUCGCAUGUACACGUACCCGUCCCGUCUGCCCGUGCCCUCCUUACCCCUGUCUCGCCCCGUGGUGCCGUCCAAACGCCCCAGGGUCAGUGUGAGCGGAGGCAGCACCCGAAGGAACCGCAACAGCUUCUCCUCGUCCACCAGGGGGAGCCCUCGCCCAUCACGAACAAUGAGAGCGGACGACCUGCAGACUGUGAAACGAGAGCUCACGCAGAUCAAGCACAAAGUCGACUUCCUGCUGGAGAGUUUAGAGAGAAUGGAAAACAGCGGGAAAUCAGACACUCGCAGUCCGACGGCGGAGCCCGGGGAGGUGUCUCCAGGUUCUUCUUAUAAACAGGACGAAGAUCUGAACCAGGAUCAGAACCACGAGCUGCACUCAGAGGAGGAGGGGCCAGAGCUGAAGGCCGACGAGGAAGAGGAGGAGGACGCAGAGCGAGAGGAAGGAGAGGACGACGGGGACAGCGCCAAUGGAGACUGAGCAGAAAAACACACAGAACAAUGUUUAUGAUACACCACAAAUCUGCAGACGGGAGCAGACGACGCCAUUUUGAAAUCUUUCCUAUUUUACCUCAAUAACUUCUGCAUUUUUUUGAUUCAAAUCUUGUUGCGAGUUUAAACUGGAGAAAUGGAAUGGACGCUCUAAAAGGGAAGUGCUGCUGUGUUGCAUCCUGACCAGCGGGGGGCAGUGUGACGUUAAAGCUGCUCUCGACUCAUUUCACAGAUCUAACCUGAGCAUGGAUCAUCUCACAUAGAAAGUUGAAAAUGCACAAACUGAACGCUUCAAUAGGAUUUUUGUUUGAGUUUUUAUUUUACCGUACGUCAGUGCAGAUGUUUAUGUGUCUUUGUCGAGUUUGUAUCUUUGCACUGGUUCAAAUAAUAAACACGUUUAUAAGUUA